UGCCCACACUGCUGUGAUUCACUGUCUCUUCUGACCCACACCUCAGCAGUUCAUACAGUCGAAACGCCACCGGAUCCCGGCAUGAAGUGCUUGAACAACCGGGCCGACAGCCACCUGACUGGGCAGGUGGAGUGCGAGUUGGACAACUUGGGCAAUGGUGCCUGGGUGAACCAGGGCUACUGUGGCUCUCCUCCGCCCCUGCCCCGAGCUGUCAGCACCAUCUACAACCCUCAGCCUCUCUUCCAAGGCUCCAUGGACAGCAUGUACAAAGUGGACACCCCCAGCCCGUUCCAGCAUCCACCCGAGGAACCACUAGCCAACGAGCAAAAUCUGGUGAAGAAACAAAGAGGCUGCUGCUCUUUCAUCAAAGGGUUGUGGGGCACAACAUUGACCGAAAACACCUCUGACAACAGGGAACUGUUUGUCCGAACCACGCUGCGGGAGUUAUUGGUCUAUCUGGUGUUCUUGGUGGACAUAUGCCUCUUGACGUACGGUAUGACCAAUUCAAGCACCUACUAUUACACUAAAGCCAUGACGGACCUGUUUGUGAAUACAGCCGGUGAAAGUGGGGUUAGGUUUCAGUCCAUUGGCACCAUGUCCGACUUCUGGAUUUAUGCCCAAGGCCCACUGCUGGACGGCCUCUACUGGACUAAAUGGUAUAAUAACCAGUCACUGGGGAGCGGAGACCAGUCCUUCAUCUACUAUGAGAAUAUGUUGCUGGGAGUUCCCAGGAUGAGGCAGAUCAAGAUCAAGAACAACUCCUGCAAGGUCCACAAUGACUUCCAAGAUGAGAUCACUGGAUGUUUUGAUGUCUACAAUGACAAGAAGGAGGACGACCUCGGCUUCGGUCUCAUUAACGGCACCGCCUGGACCUACCACAAAGAGAAAGAGAUCAAGGGCUCCUCUCACUGGGGCUUGCUGACCACCUACAGUGGAGCAGGAUACUAUCAAGACCUGAGUCGGACCAAAGAGGAGAGCGCCGCCAUAAUGACGGAACUGGUGGACCACCUAUGGCUGGACCGAGGAACCAGAGCAGUCUUCAUCGACUUCUCCACUUACAAUGCAAACAUCAACAUGUUCUGCGUUAUCAGGUUGGUAGUUGAAUUCCCAGCCACAGGUGGAGCAAUCCCUUCCUACCAGAUCAGAACGGUCAAACUGAUUCGCUACAUCACCUACUGGGAUUACUUCAUCCUGGGCUGUGAGACAGUCUUCUGUGUGUUCAUCCUCUACUAUGUUGUGGAAGAGAUGCUUGAGCUACAAAUACACAAGUUAUCCUACUUCGGAAGCAUCUGGAACAUACUGGACAUUGUUGUCAUAAUGCUCGCCAUCGUUGCCAUCGUAUUCAAUAUUUUCCGAACCGUCAAAGUGGACAAGUUGCUUGGAAAACUCCUGGAACAACCUGGAAUCUAUGCUGAUUUUGAAUUUCUGGCGUUUUGGCAAACACAAUACAACAACAUGAAUGCUGUGAACUUGUUCUUCGCAUGGAUCAAGGUUUUCAAGUACAUCAGCUUUAAUAAGACCAUGACUCAGCUGUCCUCCACACUGGGAAGAUGUGCCAAAGACAUCUUGGGAUUCGCCAUCAUGUUCUUCAUUGUCUUCUUCGCUUAUGCUCAGCUUGGAUAUUUGCUCUUUGGGACAGAGGUUGAUUCCUUCAGCACCUUUGUGAAGUGCAUCUUCACACAGUUCAGGAUUAUUCUCGGAGACUUUGAUUAUGAUGCCAUCGACCGUGCCAACAGAGUUCUUGGGCCAAUCUACUUUGUCACCUAUGUGUUCUUUGUUUUCUUUGUUCUGCUGAACAUGUUUCUGGCCAUCAUCAACGACACAUAUUCUGAGGUCAAGGAGGAGCUCUCAUCCCAAAAAGACCAGCUGCAGAUUACGGACAUCAUCAAACAGAGCUAUAUGAAGACAUUUAUGAAGUUGAAACUCAAAAAGGAGAAAAUAUCAGAUGUUCAGAAAGCACUGCGCUCUGGAUCUGGAGAAAUUGAAUUCAAGGACUUCAGAGAAACUCUGAAAGAGCUGGGACAUGCCGAUCAUGACAUUUCAGCAGCCUUCUCGCGGUUUGACUGCGAUGGGAACCAAAUUCUAGACGAGGGCGAACAAGAAAGGAUGAAAAUCGAGCUGGAGGAAAAGAGGGAUGCUCUCAGCGCUGAACUCAACAAUCUUGGAAUGAAUUACGGAAACGAAUUACCGGAGAAGCCUGCUGUGACCUCCAGUGAGCAGAAGAACCACUCCGGUCAAAUCUUUGUGGAUCAGGAACAAUUUCUAAAACUGGUCAGACAGGUUCUCCAACUGGAAAGCUCUGUGGCAGGCAUCUCAACCAGGAUGGAGUUGAUUAUGGAGAAACUGGGAUUACAGGAGAAAACCAAUGGGAACGAAACUGCAGGGAAACCGUCUGCAACCAAUAAUGAUAGUGAUGAUGCUGCCUCAGAUAGGAGCGUCCUGGUUUGUGUGGACAGAGGUACGAAGGCCGAUCUGUCAUUCAGGAGACCAGCACUUCGUACCAACACCACUUACGACUGUCAUAUGUGAUCAACCCUCUGGGAAACCAAAUCUUUGGUUAUCUGGAAGUCAGCUGACACACGCGAAUGUAUAUGGGUCACACACCAACAAUAUUUUGUGCUUCACAACUUCUCUAUAUUCAAAGUAAAAGUUCUUCACUUUGAAAACAACAAUUAGGCAUUAAGAACAAUACACGACAGACAGUAUGACUUACAAAAUGUAGCACUUUCCUUCAGCCACUCAUUUUAUGGUCACAUGUAAAUACUGUACUCAUACUUUUUGAAUUUGCUUCCUAGGUGCCUGCACUAGAGCUUAUAUAAUGGAGUGGUUAAAGCUCAGAUUUACAGAGGACUACAAUGUACAUUGUGAGGCCUGAAGGUAAAUCUGCAUAUUGUAAGUGUUGUGGAAUAUCAAUUUAUUUCAACUGUAGGCUAGAGGAAAAAGUUAUGCAAUAUAAUCUAUUAUUAGUGCAGAUGCCACUCUACAUCUGAGGACAUGAAUGUUUGCCUUGCUUUUGUCACGUAAUGUUUCUGUAUGUUAAAGUUCUAUUGCAGUUCCUCAGAAACUAUCACCCCCAUGUAGUUUAGUGAGACGUCUACUAAACAAUUUUACAAUAUAUUUUUUUAAGUUCAUUAAGUUCAUAUACAGAUCAGUCGGUAAUUAUUCAUCAACUUCCUGAGCUCCAACAACCUCAUGUUGUAACAGGGCAAACGUGAUGAGUGACAGCAUCUAUAGCUCUUCAUUAAAAUCUAUGUCUGGAUCAGGAACAUAUUUAUUGUGCCAGUGGACUGGAUAUUAAGAAAUGUGGUUGUCAUCUUUCAGGUUUCAUAUGACCCAAUGGUACUGCAGAAUAAAAAGGAUAGAAGAGUUUUUGUGCAAAUGUAUAGAAAACUCAUGCUGUCUAGUCAAUUAAUCAUUCAGAUGACACAAACCUGAGUUUAAU